GAGACAAACAUGCAUUCUGUCGCGCUACUGCUGAUUGCUGUAACAUUCUCCACAACAGUGGCAGCCGACCCACGCCGUCCCACUGUUCAAGAGGGAGAUGACGUGUUCGUGACUACUGACAACGGAGUUCUGAGGGGCGUGGUUGCCAUGUCAUUGAAUGGCGCUCUCUACAACCAGUUCCGGGGCAUACCGUUCGCCACGCCACCUCUUGGUGAUCUCCGAUUCCGAGCCCCGCAGCCGGCGCCUUCCUGGUCCGGGGUUCGAGACGCGCUGGCCUUCGCGGAUGCGUGUGUCCAACCCUCUUCUGACGGCCUACAGACAACUGUCGGCUCCGAAGACUGUCUGUACCUGAACGUGUUCGUGCCCGCUAAUGGUAGUGGUCCUUUCCCCGUCAUGGUCUUCAUCCACGGCGGCGCCUUCAGGGUAGGAAAUCCCUCCAGCGGCACUCCGGACUACUUCGUUGAGAGGGGCGUUGUGCUGGUCUCAGUCGCCUACCGCCUCGGCGCCCUUGGUUUCCUCAGCCUGCUGAACGACGACAUCCCUGGCAACGCAGGCCUGAAGGACCAAGUAUUGGGAUUGCAGUGGAUGCAGAGAAACAUCGCAGCCUUUGGUGGAGAUCCCGGCAGGGUCACCAUCAUGGGAGGGAGCGCAGGAGCUGGCUCUACGUCACACCUCCUCCUCUCGCCGGCGACCAAGGGUCUCUUCAGCGCAGUGAUCAUGGAGAGUGGAGUGGCAACGGCCCCCUGGGCAGUGACGGACAAACCCCGCGAGAGGGCGUACCGGAUGGGGGAGGCGCUCGGCUUCCAGGCGCAGGGCGGCAACCACACUGACGAAGACGACGCGCGACUGGCCGCUCUCCUUCGUGCCGCAGAUUACUCCAUCCUCAACGGCCCCGACCUAAUUGCACUCUCAGAUUUCGAGAAACGGUGCCCACUGCCGCUGGAUUUCGUGCCCGUUGUGGAGCCGCCCUCGGAUUCUGCGCUGGUCAUCGAGCAUCCAGUGGACGUCCUCAGAGCUGGCACAUACAAUCAGGUGCCCAUCAUGCUAGGCGUCAGUUCUGGAGAAGGAGUCCUUAUAUCCGUCAACACCACCAUUAUGACGGAAGCAGGGAUCGCCGACUUGAAGGAGAACUUCACGGCGCUGAUCGGCUCCCAGCUGCCUCUGCCCACCGAGGAACAACGGACUCGGGCAGCGCAACAGCUGGAGCAGUUCUACUUUGGGGACGAGGGCUUCUCCACAGACGACAUGCAAGCUGUCACUGAUCUGUUUUCCGACUUGUACUUCAUGUAUCCAGGGGACACCUUCGCUAGAGCUGUAGUGAACACCAGCAGUCUACCCGUUUACUACUACUACUUCGACUACAACGGAACCGGCUACACGGAAUACGGUAUGACGCAUGCAGGGGAAGGCCUCUAUCUGUUUCCGGGAAAGUCGUCUCAGCCAGAUACGGAUCCUAAUUCGGAUGAUGGGAGAGUGGCCAAUCUCUUGGCGACACUAUGGACCAAUUACGGCAAAUACGGGGAUCCUGCACCGUCUGGAAAUCCAGUGGUAUGGGACACGUUCACUGCUAAUGCUUCCAACUAUUUGGAUAUGAAACUGGAAUUUGUGACACGUCAAGAUUUGCUCAAGGAGCGGAUGGAUUUUUGGAGAGAAAUAUUACCUUCAUAAACAGUUUCAUAAUGUGAUAUACUGUCAU